CGUAACUACAUUACAUAGUAAACAAUCAAUACAUCACCUCGAUGUGGCUUUUAAGUGUAUAUUUACUGAUAUUCCACAUUGCAAAAGUGAUGGUCUACAUUUCUUUCGUUUCCUCUUUUGCUCUUUCUAAUCUUUCAUUGUUUAGCUUUACAAUGUCAAAGAAUAUGCCUAUGAAUUCUAGGUUUCUUUAUCUUUUGUAUCCAGGUAAAAAAAAUUGAUUCAGUCGUACCACCGGUAAACAAGGUUAUGGAAAAUGCUUGGACCA